UGUAGCGCCGGAGACGGUGUGUAAGACGGAUAGAAUAAACGUAUAAGAAAUAGUUAAUAUUGUUUAAUUACAAAUAUAAAUCCCAUAAAUUGUACCGGAAUAUACUAGGAUACCACAAGUGGCGACAGUGGAUGAGGAUUUAUUAGAAGAAGACGGUCGAAUAAGCAACGUGCACUGAUCAAGCCGAAAACGGACACCUGCGAGGUGAAGUUGACAACUAUGGACAAAUGGGAUAUUGAACACUUCAAAUUCAAGUUGAUGCCACCUAGCGAGGUAAGAGACGAAUGGACUCGCUAUAAAAGGCAAUUUGAGUAUUUGAGCCUAGCGAACAAUGUUACAAACAAAACGCGGCUGAAGAACAUCUUCCUAGCAAGAGCCGGCCCAGACGUCCAAGAUGUUUUCAGCAGCAUUCCCGGCGCAGACGUGGAUGAAAGGAUGGGGGUUGACCCAUUCAAGGUGGCAAUCGAAAAACUCGACGAGUACUUCGCGCCGAAACAGCAUGAGGCGUACCAAAGAUUCCUGUUCUGGUCGCUCACGUUGAAGGAAGACGAGCCGCUGGAAAAAUUUUUGCUACGGGCCAUGGAAACCGGGAGAAAAUGCCACUUCGGUACGUCCAAACAAGACGCAUACGAGAUCUGUGUAAUUGAUAAAGUCAUUCAGCUCGCUCCGCCGGAUCUUCGAGAGAAAUUGUUACAAAAAGAGAAACUUGUACUGGACGAUGUUAUCAAGAUUGUAAACUCCCACGGGACCAUCAAACAUCAGGCGAACCAGAUGAUGAUUAAUCCCGUUGGCCCAGCGACGUCUAGUAGUGUCAACAGAAUUACGGAUUCUACGUGGGAGAAUAAAUAUAGCUGCUCGCGGUGUGGUCGAAAAGGCCACAGCGGAAAAGACCAAAAUUGCCCCGCCAGAACGAAAAAUUGUCGCAACUGUCUUAAGCCUGGUCAUUUCGCUGAAUGUUGCCGAACAUCUCGCGUUAACGCAAAACGUGGAAUACGUGGAGACAAUGACUACAAUCGAAAGCGCAUUAAAUUUCAGCAGGUUCGAUCGAUUCAGAACUCCGAAGUUGAAGGGUUCGACGACAAAUAAAGCCUCCAAUGAGAUUCAUGGAUUACGAGUGCUGACGGUUUUAGUAUCUACGAGAAAAAAGGAGAUGUGGUACCGUAGUACUACUCUCGGGGACGACUGAACAUACAUAACCGAUGAACAGAAGUAGAGUGUGUAGC